UCAAAACUCAUAGCCCUAAAGCGGCGCUCUCCCUUUGAGUUUCAUCUUCCCCAUUUGGCAACAAUGGCAGAGGAAGUGAAGCUCUUGGAUUUCUGGCCCAGCAUGUUCGGGAUGCGAGUCAAAGUAGCCCUGGCCAUGAAGGGCGUGGCCUACGAAUACGUAGAACAAGAUCUAAGAAACAAGAGCCCUCUGCUUCUGGAAAUGAACCCAAUCCACAAGAAAAUCCCUGUUCUUGUUCAUAACGGAAAACCCAUCUGUGAAUCAUCCAUUAUCGUUCAGUACAUCGAUGAAACGUGGAAGAACAGAGCUCCUCUGUUACCAUCUGAUCCAUACGAGAGGGCUCAGGCCAGGUUUUGGGUGGAUUUCAUCGACAAGAAGGUGUUUGAGAGUGGGAGGAAGAUCUGGGCUAGCAAGGGAGAGGAGCGUGAAGAAGGGAAGAAGGAGUUCAUGGGAAGCUUGAAGAAGCUGGAGGAAGUUCUUGGGGAGAAGGCUUACUUUGGAGGCGAGAAUGUGGGGUUUGUGGACAUUGUUUUGAUUGGAUACUACACCUGGUUUUACAGCUACGAGAGCAUUGGGAACUUGAGCGUUGAGGCAGAGUGCUCCAAGAUACUGGGAUGGGCUAAGAGAUGCUUGCAAAAUGAGAGCGUUUCUAACUCCCUGCCUGACCCCUUCAAGAUCUGUGACUUUGUGCUUCUAAUGAAGAAGAAGUAUGGCCCUGAAUGAAUGAAUGAACAAACAAACCAUGUGUGGACUAUCUCUAAUGUAUUUUGUAUGCUGAAAUAAAUUUGGGGUAUUUUGAUCUGUUAAAUUAUGUUCAUGUUCAUGUUCAUAUCUUUACUUCAAUAAAAAAAAGUUU